ACCGUAUCAGAACGCUGUGAUUCAUUCAGCAAAAUCCACACAGCUUAAUCCAGACUCUAUAUCCAGAACAACAGCUAACCAUGGACCCUCAAGAUUGCAACUGCGCUACAGGUGCCUCUUGCUCCUGCGGUGAUUCCUGCAAGUGCAAAAACUGCAAAUGCAAGUCCUGCAAGAAAAGUUGCUGCUCCUGUUGUCCAGCAGAUUGCAGUAAAUGCAGCCAGGGAUGCGAAUGUGCAAAGGGAUGUGAUACCUGCAGUUGUUGCAAGUAACCUGCUGGACUCCUGAAUCGUCUUCUGUGAUCAGUGUCUGCAAUAUAGUGUUACUGAUGAGACAUGUGCAGUAUGUGUUUAAAGAAAAAAAUGCUUAUGUGUAACUUUGUAUUUUCAUAAUAAAGAAUGACCAAUUUAUU